AUGAGCGGGGCAAGACACGUGGGCAAGAUCCAGAAACGCCUGGAAGAGGUCAAGAGCCAGUGGGUCCGGCCAGCCAGGGCUGACUUCAGUGACAAUGAGAGUGCCCGGCUGGCCACAGAUGCCCUCUUGGAUGGGGGCCCCGAGGCCUACUGGCGGGUGCUCAGCCAGGAAGGCGAGGUGGACUUCUUGUCCUCGGUGGAGGCCCAGUACAUCCAGGCCCAGGCCAAGGAGCCCCCCUCUGCCCCGGAGCCCCCAGGAGAGGCCGCAGCAGGUUCCAAGGGACUCGAUUCCUGCUCCGUGGCCUCAAGUACCUACUUCCCUGUGGCCUCAGAGGGCAGCGAGCCGACCUUGCUGCACACCUGGGCCUCAGCUGAGAAGCCCUACCUGAAGGAAAAGUCCAGCGUCACCGUGUACUUCCAGACGGACAAGCGCAACAACAUCAGGGACCUCAUCCGCCGCUGCAUCACCCGGACCAGCCAGGUCCUGGCCAUCCUGAUGGAUGUGUUCACAGACGUGGAGAUCUUCUGUGACAUCCUAGAGGCGGCCAACAAGCGCGGGGUGUUCGUCUGUGUGCUCCUGGACCAGGGAGGCGUGAAGCUCUUCCGGGAGAUGUGUGACAAAGCCCAGAUCUCUGACAGUCACCUCAAGAACGUUUCCGUCCGGAGCGUGGAAGGAGAGGUGUACUGCGCCAAGUCAGGCAGGAAGUUCGCCGGCCAAAUCCAGGACAAGUUCAUCAUCUCGGACUGGAGAUACGUGCUGUGCGGAUCGUACAGCUUCACCUGGCUCUGUGGGCAUGUGCACAGAAACAUCCUCUCCAAGUUCACGGGCCAGGCGGUGGAGCUGUUUGACGAGGAGUUCUGCCACCUCUACGCCUCCUCCAAGCCCGUGAUGGGCCUCAAGUCGCCCAGGCCGGCCGCACCCCUCCAGCCCAGAGCAGCCCCCGGCCCCCGACCCGGCCGCCUCAGUGGCAGUAGCUGCUCCACCAGCGACGGCACGUCCUCCAACCCCUUCAGCAGCCUGUCGACAGGCAGCAACCCCCAGAACCAGAGUCUGUCCACGUCCUCGGGGCCCGGCAGCCCCCUGGCCCCAAACCCACCUCUGGCCCCUAGGUUCCAGCCCUAUCAUGGCCCUUGGAGGGCCCUGACCUCACAGGCCCACUUCUCCCCGAGGCCCCAUGAUGGCCUGUUUGCUCUCUACAGCAACCUCAACGGCUACAGGCCUACGCGGCUGCAGGUCAAGCAGCUUGGCCUGGUGCCCAGGGUGGCCCACACCUGGAGGCCCUUUCUACAGGCCUCCCCGAAUUUCUGAAGGGUCCCUUCCUCCAGCUGACCUCCCCAGGGCCAAAGCUGGGCAUUCUUGGAUUUUCUGGCUCAAGGACCCUACCUUAAUCAGUGGCCCUUUGAACUAAAGGCACUUGGACGAAACCAUUGCCUGUGUUUGAAUGUUCCCAGGCCUCAGACGGUUCGCUUCCUGACCCCCACACUUCCCUGGGUUCCCCUCUCUAGUAUGGCCUAUGCAGCACAUUCCAGAAGUUUCCAGGGAGGUGGCGGGCAGGGAGCUAGAGGACAAAAUCAUGAAAAUAGAGCCCCUUUCUCCAAAGAGCAGCCAGUGCUUUCAUAUUAACAUUUUCCAAAUCUCUGUAAUGUGAGAAGGGGCUGAUGCAGCCCGAGUUUUACAUAUGGAUAAACUGAGGCACUGAGAGCCAGGGGGUAGGUGUGACCAAGGUACUCCUGUGUCCCAGUGCCCAGGGGUGGUCUGCUCCCCAGAGAUUCUGGAGAGACAGAUUCAGGAGAAAGUAUGGGGACAUUCUAGAUGUUUCUGGGAGGGGAGGUAAACUCCUCCUCCCUGGAAGAGCAUAAUACUAGAGUAUCCCUGGCCCGAUGAAUGAGGGAUGAGGCCCCAGAACCUGCCACUGUAAGUUAUGUGUGGCUGGUUGAAAGGGUGGCCACCAAGGGUGGAGCAAACCAAGGCAUCUAGCGGAUGGACAUGGACAAGGCAGUUUGGCAGCUUAGGUUUUUGCUCUGAAGAGCCUUGGGCUGGCCUGGAGGUCCCUGGAGUCUGGGCUGGAACCCAGGGGUUUGAGUUGUCAGAUCUGGGAAUGGCCCUGCAGCAGUGCUUCAGGAAGCCUUGAGCAACCAAUGAGGACCCCGCAUUGACCUUGCAGCUCCCAGGCUUAGUCAGCUACCUCCAGAUCCAGGCCCCUCACCAGUCUCAUCAUUCUUUCCUUCUCAGUCACAGCACGUCCUGUUUGUUGCUGGGGUGGUAAUAGAUGCUAAGGCCACAGCGUUGCUGGGGUAGAAAGAACACAGGAUGCUGAGGGAGCACAAAGGAGGGCCAGCCAGCCCAGCUUGGGAGGCCAGGGGACACUUCCCAGAGAAGCGACAGGUAACCCAAGACCUAAGGAACAAGGCUGUAUGGCUGGGGUGAGGGAUGCGACUUGGGCUGUUUCAGUCCAAGAGAAGCAGGGGCAAAAGCCCCACACAUGUCUUUUGGUUUCCAUGUCCUCCACCGCCACCAAGUCGUCUCAGCAAAUGUCUUCCUGUUGCCCUUCUCCGGCUCAGAAGCUUUGCCUUUGCUGCGGAGGCUGGAGGGACAAUCCUUCCUCCUGGUGGCCUCUGAAUCCUGAUGCACAUGGCAUCCCGAGUCGUGCUCUGCAGAGGGCAUCUCCCUGCAGCCCAGCCCUGUUUGUAUUUGUCCAACACUCCUGGCAGAGGCAGAGGCAGAGGCAUCUUUGCUUUUGUUUUAAACUGUGUUUCUGUCCUCACUUCACCUUUUUAUUCCUUAGUUCCUGAAAAUCCAACAAUAACACCAAAAGCCCUUUGGCUGCUGAAGGUUGUUUUUUUUUUUAAAAAAUAAAUCCAUUUAUUUAUUUAUUUUUGGCUGCCUUGGGUCUUUGUUGCUGCAUGUGGGCUUUCUCUAGUUGCAGCAAGCAGGGGCUACUCUUCGUUGAGGUGUGCAGGCUUCUCACGCGGUGGCUUCUCUUGUUGCAGAGCAUGGGCUCUAGGCGUGUGGGCUUCAGUAGUUGCAGCACGUUGGCUUCAGCAGUGGUGGCUCCCGGGCUUCAGAGCGCAGGCUCAGCAGUUGUGGCGUGCGGGUUUAGUUGCUCCGCGGCAUGUGGGAUCUUCCCAGACCAGGGCACGAACCCGUGUCCCCUGCAUUGGCAGGCGGAUUCUUUACCACUGCACCACCAGGGAAGCCCCUCCUGAAGGUUUUUUAAAACCCGGUCCUGAUGACCGCCGUCAUGAGGUUAGAAUGACCAGGGCUGUGGAGUGUCCUAAGCUUGAUUUCACAGCCUGACGAGAAAGCUUUGGGAAGGUAAAGCUUGCUGGGGUGCCCAGAGCUCCACAGGUGGGCUCUGUCCCCACGUCCGGCUCGGUUUGGGUGGAGAGGGGGUCUGCAGCCAGAACAAGCCCUCCUCCUCCACCGGCCAGUUUCCCCUCUGCGGUCGUCUUAGGGGUUUGCGAGUAUUGUUUUUCCUCCGCUGAGCACCUUGUCACUUCCUCGUGAUCCCAGCCGGCCGGGAAGUUAGGUUUGGUUGGCUUUGGCCAGUGGAAUGCGAGCUGAAGUGUUGAGGACUGCUUCCAGCUUUUAAGCACUUGGGUGCAGAUGGCCUUAUCUCAAGAUAGAGCCCCUUUCACCAGCCCAGGUUUCUAAGAGACUACAAAGAACAGGACACGCCUACCGCACUGACCUGCGGUGGCUAAGUGGUAUGAGCAAGAAAUAAACUUU